CUUUUCAAUUAUCAUUUUAAUUUUCCAAUUUUAAAAUUUAUUUCAAAGUUCAAACACACAAAUACAUCAUAGAGGAGGCUUGUGGUGUUUUCUAAUCAGUACGUUCAAUUCAAGUAUUCCAUCAUUUGAAGGAGAAAUAGUUGUUGAAUUCCAUCAUCUGCUUUGUUCAACUGACAUAACAAACAUGAUUUGUAAAUGACGAGAGCAAACCUAUAAUACCAGAGGAAUUUAACAAACUGUUGCAUAAGAUCAAACACGUAGAACAUGUUCAACCAUUUCGGUUCCCAUAUCACCCCAUCAUAUGGUUGUCUCAUUCAAUUCUUGGACCAUUCUUGUCAAACUAAAAAUUUGAUUGCCAUCAAGAAGCUCCAUGCUCACCUACUCAGGACAGGCUUACUCUUUAUCUCUCCUAAUAUUCACAGCAAACUCAUCUUUUCUUACACCAAUUGCCUCAACGAGAACAACUUUGAAACCUUAACUAAUUGCUGCAAGUUCUUAAACCCCAAAAGCCCAUUACACUUCAAUCCACUGCUAUCUGAUUUUUGUAAAAAAGGGUUCCCAUUACAUGCAGUAAAAACCUGCUCUCUUAUGCAUUCAGAAAGUGUUUCUUUGGAUACUUAUGCUUUGUGCAGUUCCUUAAAAGCUUCAUCUUCUUUGGAGAAUCUGAAUUUUGGAGAACAAAUACAUGCCCACGUGAUGAAAUCAGGUUGGUUAUCUAGUGUGUUUGUGGGUAGUGCUUUGAUUGAUUUAUAUGCAAAAUUGUUGUUCGUUAAUAAUGCAGCAAUGAUGUUUGAUGAAAUUCCCGUGAAGAAUACAGUUUGUGCAAAUGCACUUUUAUCAGGGUAUGUUGAAGCUAAAUUAUGGGAUCAAGGAGUUACGUUGAUAAGAAAGAUGCCUUUUUUGAGUUUGGAUUAUGAUCAGUUUACUAUAUCAGCAAUGCUGCGCACGUGCGCGGGGCUUGCUGCUGUAGAAUUUGGCAGGCAAGUGCAUGCCUACUUGACCCGUAAAAUCUAUGAUGUGGUAAAUGAUGUCUUUCUCCAGAGUUCAUUGAUUGAAAUGUAUGGCAAGUGUGGUUUUGUAGUGAAGGCUCUGCAAGUUUUCAAUUUGGCAGGAUUUCAACUGGGAAGAAAGAGAAUUGGGGAUAUUGUUUUGUGGACUUCAAUGAUCGGUGUUUAUGGUAGAAAUGGGCAUUUUAUAGAGGUGAUUGGAUUGUUUGAGGAGAUGUUAAAAGAAGGGAUUAGACCAGAUGGGGUGGCAUAUGUUACAGUUAUCUCAGCCUGUGGUCACACUGGCCAACUGCAACUUGGAAUAGAGUAUUUUGAAUCAAUGACUCGAGACUUUAAAAUAAAUCCUGGCCCAGAGCACUACAGCUGUGUAGUUGAUUUACUUUGUAGGGCUGGUGAGUUAAAUAAGGCCUGGAAGCUAGUGAGUGAGAUGCUCACUAAAGGACAAGACAGUUUCAGCAUUUCUAUGUGGGGGGCUUUGCUUAGUGCUUGUGAGGAACACGGGAAUAUCGAGUUGGGUAAAUUGGCUGCUCAAGAGGCACUUAAGUUGGAGCCUCAAAAUGUAGGGAUAUAUGUCAUGUUAUCAAAUUUAUAUGCUAGGUUUGGUAUGUGGAACGAGAUUGACCAGCUUAGGGAAAUAAUGAAAAAUAGAGAAUUAAAGAAAGAUGUCGGAUGUAGCUGGAUUGAGGUCAAAAGUUAACUGAAUUAUUGUUAGUUUUGAAAUAUAACAUAUGGUUCAAUUGUUGAUUUGAUAACAACAAAGCGCCAUUCUCGCUUCCUCUUCGUCGCGGGUGCUUCCCCCUCUAAGGCGGUCUUUAACCAUUAUUCUCAAACAGAAUAUCAAAAGCAGCAGUUCUGAUUGAAAGAGGAAAUGUGGUAAAACUGUAAAUCACAAAAGUUAAGGUUGUUGUGUAAAUACUUACAUUCAGCAUUUAAUAUGCUAGAUUGAUUUUGUAAGAAACUUGAAAAUGAUGAAAUUUAA